AUGCAUACGCACAUUUGCGUCACUAAGUUCAUGAACGAAAUGUACGCGGUGCUGUGCGCGAGCAGGGGAGCCACGGACAAGUUUGAGUUCGAGUCGGCGGACGUGGGGGACAUCAUGUCCCUCGUGCUGGGACACUGCCCCCGCAAGAAGUCGUCCAGCCGCAGCGAGGCCACGUGGCACGUGCAGCAGAUCGUGCUGCUCAUCCUCGAGACAGGAAACAAGUACAUCUUCCCGUGCGACGCGCAGAUCGAGCUGUCGUCGAAUCGCGAAGAGAGCGGCCGCAGCUUCGAGUGCCGACGCAAGAUCGAGAGCUUCGCGAGCCGCACCGGAGGCCUGGCUCCCGUCAAGUACGAGGUGCUGGUGGUGACGGGCGGCGAGAAGGGGUGCGGCACCGACGCCAACGUCUUCAUCGUCGUGUUCGGCACGCGCGGCGACUCGGGACGCCGCGCGCUCAAGCACAAAUACCGCAACCUGUUUGAGCGCGGCAAGACUUCGCGCUUCAUGCUGGAAGCGCUCGACCUGGGGGAGCUCAACAAGGUACGAAUCGAGCAUGACAACAGCGGAUUGAGCGCAGGGUGGCUGUUAGACCGAAUCGAGAUCAUCAACACAUCCACACUCAUCCGCACCAUCUUCUUCUGCAACAAAUGGCUCGACCGUAAGAGAGGAGACCGUCAGACGUGCCGGGAGCUCUUCCCCAUCUACUGA